GUGGGGAAUCGUUUUUCAUAAUUGACGUUUGCCUUUGACGAUGACCACACCCACUUGAUUGGGUUGUACUAUUGGGGACGACGACUUCAUUUUCCAUCCUCACAGAUCCAAUUUCAAUGGCUUCCAGCUCUUCCUCCAGUAGUAUGGCUUCUACUAGUCCUCAUGGCAGCUAUGAUGUUUUUCUAAGUUUUAGAGGCGAAGAUACUCGUGAUUCUUUUACGGAUCAUCUUUACCAUGCAUUAAACCGAGCAGGAAUUAAUACUUUUAGGGAUAACGAAGAAAUUGACAGAGGGGAAAAACUGAAUCCGGAGAUCGGGAGAGCAGUUAAAGAAUCAAGGGCUUCAAUAGUUGUAUUGUCACCAAACUAUGCCACUUCCACUUGGUGCCUUGAUGAGCUAUUGUCGAUUCUGAAGCAAAGGAAAGAGUCUAAUCAUUUUGUUCUACCUGUUUUUUAUCAUGUUGAUCCUUCUGAUGUGAGAAAACAUAAUAAAACUUUUGCAAUCCAAGUCAAAGCCAAUCAAAGGUGGACAGAUCACAACGUGGACCAGUGGAAAAGAGCUCUUAGAGAGGUUGCUGAUUUGGCCGGCAUGGUUCUGUUAGGGCCUGAAACAGAGUUUAUAAAGGAAAUCGUUGACACCAUUUACAAUAAACUGGAUCGAAAAGAAGUUCAUCUUCCACUCAAUCUAACAGGGUUAGCCACUCGAUAUGAAGAUAUCAAUUCCUGGUUAAAUCGAUCCAAUGCUGAAUUUUUAGCAAUUUGUGGCAUGGGUGGAAGUGGCAAGACAACAUUGGCCAAGUAUAUUUAUGAUUCAAAUCGGAAGAAUUUUGAAAGCAUGAGUUUUGUUGAAGACAUCAGUCGCAGAUGUAAAGAAUCCGAUGAUUUGCUUCAGCUACAAGAACAGCUUCUGAACGAUAUUUUAGGUGGCAAGAAGAGAAAAAUACCUGGUGUUUCUCAAGCUACAUGUAAGAUUGAGGAGGCCUUACAAACGAAAAAGACGCUUAUUGUUCUUGAUGAUGUUGCUAGACGUAGUGAGUUAAUCGCUUUACUUGGAACCGGGAAAAUUAAUACACAAAGCAAGAUUAUAAUAACAACAACCACAGAAAAUACAGAUAAUUGGUUUAAGUUCCCGUAUAGGAGGUGUCAAGUUUAUAAAAUGAAAUUAUUAGAUGAUGAUGAAUCUUUAGAGCUUUUAAGUCGUCAUGCAUUUGGUUGUAAAGUUCCCAUGGAAGGUUUUGAAGAGCUUGCAUUACAAGCAGUAAGAUAUUGUGAAGGGAAUCCUUUAGCUCUUGUAAUGUUGGCAUCUUCUCUAUCCGAUGACAAUACCAUCUUAUAUUGGAAAAGUCGAUUGAAUUUUUUGGAUAAAGAUUUUGAUUCUCGGAUUCAAAGUGUACUUAUAACAAGCUACGAGUCAUUGCCAUCUAUCCUAGAGAAAGAGUUGUUUUUGCACAUUGCUUGUUUCUUUGUUGGGAAAGAUGAGGAUUAUGUGGUGAAGAUAUUGGAGCAUGAUUAUUGUGCAUUAUCUGAGAUGGGGAAACACAUAGUUCGUCAAGAAUCAUCAAAAUUUCCUACAAAACGUAGUAGAGUUUGGCUUAGUAGCGAUUCUUAUAAGAUAUUAAGCAAAGGAGAGGGUUCAGAAACAAUGGAAGGUUUAGCAAUGGACAUGCCAAUGCUAAGGGCGGAGAAGAUUGCAUUCAAGUCAUCAAUCCUCAAGACAGAUGCACUUAAAAAGAUGGAUAAACUAAAACUGCUCCAACUAAAUUUUGUGCAACUCACUGGGUCUUACGAGAAUUUUUCAGAAGAUUUAAGAUGGCUGAGCUGGCUUGGAUUCCACUUAAGAAUCAUACCCUCCGAAUUAUUCAUGGGAAACUUGGUGGCCAUAGAUAUGAGCUAUAGCAACCUGGAAGUCUUUGAACCUCCCAUGGUUCUUCAAUCACUACAGAUUCUAAACCUUAAAGACUCUCACAAUCUAUUUGAAAUCCGCAAUAUGUGGUGUGCAAACCUAUGCAAGAGGGAGCAAACAAAUCUUUUAGUAGGAUUAGAAGCUUCUAGUUCAUUACAACCUACAUUUUCCUUCCCACUUUCAUUACACAGGUUAUUCCUCCAAGACUGCAAUCUUGAAUGCUUUAUCAAACUGGUGCCUCUAGCCAAACUUGAAGAAAAUGAUUUGGGACACAUGAAGUGGCUAAAACAAUAUCAAAAUCAUGAGGUGUCCCUUGUUGGUGAUGAUGAGCUCACUAAAGGCAGAAGCUCGCGUGUCCAGAUGUUGUAUGAAUUUGAUAUAAUGAGCACAUCGCUCCCAGACAUAAAGGAUCCAAACAUGACACCAAAGUACGCAUCAGAAUUAUCGUCUUUGUCCUUUGACGUGCCUUCAUGUCCUGAUAAUAGAAAGCUCAUAGGACUUGAUGUAACAUUCAAAUAUGCAAUAUCUGGUGAUGAUUGUGCAUGGUUUUGUAAAAUUAAUACGGAUAAUGGUGUUGAUUUGAUGUACAACCCUAAAGUUUUUGGCAAACCCGAAUUUGGUAAAGUUGGUAUAUGGUUAAGCUAUUGGCCAAUUGGAAACUUAUUGGAGACUGGAGAUAAAGUUACUGUCUCUAUUGCUGUGAUGGGUGGAUUAGAGGUACACGAAUGUGGGGUGAGCCUUGUUUAUGAUGAUGAAACUUUGGAAAACAACAUAGAAAUUCUUGGAGGAGAUUUGUCUGGAUUUCAACUAAGCACAGGAGCUUACUAUCUUUGUCGACGUGAUUUCUUUGAGUUAAUGGAGGUUGGUAGAGUGACACCUGGUUGGUUUAGAAUUUUAGUUGGCGAUACCAUUGACUAUACAGAGGUACGAGGAUGGAGAAAGACAGGUCGACCUAAGCAAUUGAAUCCAUCUUUUACAGAAUUGAAAACUGUUCGAUGCAUCAUCCAUGGUCCUCAAUUGGAGGAAAUUUACAAGAUCGCAGAGAUGUCAAAAUCGUCUUUUGUAGAUGAAACUUUGGAGUUCACAUCAAGCAUGCUUGGGGAGACGAUGGAAUCUGUCACGUCAUCUAAAACUAGUGAUAAAGCAAUAAAGGCUGAGGACAUGUCUGAAGAUAUCGAUGAUCAAUUUCUGGACCUUGCAUCGAGUUCAUCUCCACCUUUCUUGGUUCCACGAAAGAAACUUAGAGUAAAGGAAUUUGGUGUGAUUCCUAGUCUACGGAGCUUCAUGUCUAAAGCAUUUGUUUCUGAUGCCGUUAGUGGCCAGAUCAAGAAAAUUGUGCUGGGAGUCAACUUAUGCAGUGAAAGUCAAAGAGAGAAGGUGAUGAAGGCGUUAUCUGAGGUUAAGGGCGUGCGAACAAUUGAUUUUGAUACAAAUGAUGGGAGACUAACUGUUAUUGGAGAUGUUGAUACUAUGGAUGUUUUUGACCUUGUAUGGAAUAUUGAAGGCGUAUAUAUGAUAAGUGUAGAACCUGCAAAAUAAUCUUAAAAACAUGAAACAGGGCCUCUUCCACAAGAUACAACGAACUACACGUUGUUGUAAGGAAGAAGUGAAUGGAAGUAGCUGCCGAUGAUUCUGCAUACAAAUGAUUUCGAGGCAGGUGACACUUAUGAUGGUUGAAUUAUAACUACCAUGUUUCUCCAACAGAAAAUAGGAGAGUAACUGUCAUUGGAAUUGUUGAUCCUCUGAUAGUGUUAACUUGUGUGAGGAAGAUUGAGAUGAGAAGCAUUGUGUUUACAAUUGCAUUUCCCCAAAAGUUGGUAGUGUAUGUUAUCUAAUACCACUACAAUCAUGUUUUCAUAUAGAUAACUUGUCUGAGAAUCUAUAUUCAUUAUACUUUCAUUUAGGGAUGUGGGUUUGUACUGAAUACCCGAAUCGAAACCGAAUCCCGGACCGGACUGACCCGAAUUAGAAACGAAUAAGUUAUUUGGGUCAGUUCUCGGGUAUCUAUUUUUACCUAAUUCGGAUUUCGGGUUAUUCGGUUUGGGUUACCCGAAUAAAGGUUUAAUCGGGCCAAAAAGACCGACCCGGAAAGUGAAUGUCACUUGAACCGAAUAACCCAAAUAAACUGAAAUGGCC